AUGCGUGCGUGCGUGCGUACGCGCCAGUGGUCCCGCUUGGCCGAGGAGUACGUUCGCCUCCUUCGUUUCUCCGACGCCCCGUGCACCAAGCAUUUUCCUCGGUUGGCCCUCUUCGUUUCUUUCUCCGGAGCUGUCCAUUCUCCUUUCUCCCCUUUCUCCGUCGCUCGUUGCCGUUGUUCCAGCACUCGACUCGUCACCUCUCCGCGAGCGCACAGUGGCCGGUUUGUGACUCGCGGCUCGCGCGUUGGAAUUCGUCGAGCUCACGAAACUCGGUGUUUUCGUCUCGAGGUUCGAUCGCGAAGGAGUAGCAGUAGUGUCGUCGACGCGGCACCGAUAAAACGAACUCGCUCCGACGUCGUGCGUCGCAUUCCACGUGUGUGCGUGUUAAGUGCAGCCAACAAAGUGAUCAUCGCGGCUGGAAAGACUCCAGCCCAGAUCGAAAUAAUCCCGUGCAAGGUGUGCGGCGACAAGAGCAGCGGCGUCCAUUAUGGCGUGAUCACCUGCGAGGGCUGCAAAGGCUUCUUCAGGCGGUCCCAGUCGUCGGUCGUCAACUAUCAAUGUCCGCGGAGCAAGAAUUGUGUGGUCGACCGUGUAAACAGAAACCGGUGCCAGUAUUGUCGGUUGCAAAAGUGCCUACGCCUCGGCAUGUCCAGAGAUGCCGUUAAAUUCGGACGCAUGUCGAAGAAGCAGAGGGAGAAGGUCGAGGACGAAGUUAGGUUCCACAGGGCACAAAUGAGAGCGGCCUCUGAGACGGCGCCCGAUAGCAGUGUAUUUGAACAUCAGACCCCGAGCAGUUCGGAUCAACACCACCCCUACAACGGCGGGUACACAUAUGGCGGUAGUGAAUACGCUUCUCCCGGUCCCGGAACUGGCGGAUCGGGUUAUUACAAUCAUCAGGCGAUGACGAACUACGAGCUUAGCGCCGAUUACGUCGACAGCACGACGACCUAUGACCCGCGACCGACGCAGACGCAGGUUGCGGACACUGUCGCCCCUGAUACGCCCUCCGCUGUCACCGCGACUGGGGUACUUCCCAGCGUGGUCACCACCGGAAAGUCGCUGUCUGCAUCGACGACCGGAAGCAGUACGGGGGGUAGUGGUGGAGGUAGUAGCGGAGGCGGUGGUGGCGGUGGUAACGGUGGUGGAUCCGGUGGUGGUGGCUCGGGUGGUGGAGGGAGCGGUUCUGGCACCGCCGGUGGUGCGGCCACCACCGGCGGCGGGGGCGGCGGUGCCGGUUCUCUGAGCGGGGGUGGAAUCGUUGCUGUGAAGCAAGAGACCACCGUCGAACUUGCCAGCCUGGGCCACGGCUCGUACACGAUGGUCGACUCAACGACCUUUCUGAGCAGUCAGCAACAGAGGGUCAGCAAUCCAUCCGAGGACGACGAAGUGCCGAGUCUGCCCAGUAUGUCCCAUGCGAGAUAUCCUGCACAGAUCAGCGAGCUGCUCUCAAAAACGAUAGCGGAUGCAUACGCAAGAACGUAUCUGCUGUCGACGGAAGAGAUCCAGGAGUCUUUCCGGAAGCCGCACGAUCUCUCCAGAUUGAUCUACUACAAGAACAUGGCGCACGAGCAGCUGUGGCUCGAGUGCGCCCAAAAACUAACCGCCGUUAUCCAGCAGAUCAUCGAGUUCGCCAAGAUGGUUCCUGGAUUCAUGAAGCUCUCCCAGGACGAUCAGAUUGUUCUAUUAAAGGCUGGUUCCUUCGAGUUGGCUGUGCUACGUAUGAGCAGGUACCUUGAUCUUCAGCAGAAUUGUGUCCUGUACGGCGACACUAUGUUGCCACAGGACGCGUUUUAUACAACGGACACGGCGGAAAUGAAGCUCGUUUCUUGCGUGUUCGAAUUGGCCAGGAGUAUUGCCGAAUUGAAGCUCACGGAAACGGAGCUGGCGCUUUACAGCGCGGCGGUUCUGUUUAGUCCCGAUCGGCCGGGACUGAAAGGGCUCGCGGAAAUCACGAGACUGUCACAGGCGGUAAUCAGGGCGCUCAGGUCGGAGCUCGACCGUAAUCACGUGUCGCCCAUAAAGGGCGACGUGACGGUGUGCGACGCGAUCCUGGCGAAGAUCCCCCAGCUACGGGAGAUCUCUCUGCUGCACAUGGACGCCCUCGCCAAGCUAAAACGGUCGCAGCCGCACCUCGACUUUCCGGCCCUCCACAAAGAGCUUUUCAGCGUCGACAGCUGAACGAUCGACGUGGCGCAGGGCGUCCCGACGCUGACGAACAAAGCGGUACGCGAGUAGCGCCGGGCCUUGCUCUGUCAAGAUUAUUUCCUUCGUAAUGAACGUAUUGG